CCAUGACGAUCAAUAUGGACGUGAUCGGUAGUCAAAAUCCUGAAGCUGUUAUAUAUUGUCACAAUAGUUAUUUAAAAAUUAAAUUACUCUGAUAAGAUAGCUUUAAGAUUACCCGGGGACAGCCAGAACUUUUGGAUGGCGCAUUUGUCGAACCUCAUAUACGUUCUCACCAUCGCGGUUGGAUUAUUUUACCGCGUUUGCUCAGAUGACUCGGUUCUAGAUGCGGCUAACCUGACUUACCAAAUUACUUCUAUGGUCGACGAGGAAUUAGCAGCAUGUAACCAAACGUCCGGCGGUUUUGGAGUAGCAGUCAUCGCCAAGAACAGAGUUGGAUCGAGUCGACUUACAAGGAACCUUAUUUAUGCCAAAGGGUUCAACUACAAAGAUUUGGAAAAUAAUAUCCGCGCUGACGAAAACACCCUAUUCUGUAUUGGAUCGGUGACAAAACAUGUAACAGCAACCUUGCUGGUGCAUGUACUGGAUUUGUUAAAAGAGAAAGGUUACCGGUAUUCAUUACAAACGCUUGUGACAGAUCUUGACCCAAGCCUAAAUUUUACCGGCUCGCAACUGAUGGGUAUUACUGUGGAAGAUAUUUUGUCUCAUCGCACAGGUCUACCAGAAGUGUUCGGCCAGUUCUCAGUGGGCUAUCCCAAAAAUACCACUAGGAAGCAUUUGGCUUGGGUGGCAGCAAAUCUUCCCCGUUCUGCGGCAAACAGGCAGAAAUGGCAGUACAACAAUCAUGUCUACGCUUCCGCAGGUUACUUUACGGAAAUUUUGGCGGAGAAGUUGCUAAAGAGGUUUGUAUCGUGGGAAAAUUUGACUCGGCUAUAUUUGCUUGACCCAUUGGAAAUAAACGACGACGUUGAUUUUUCUGGAUAUCACUCGAAGUUCGUUUCACGAACCUCAAAGCCGUACCAUUUUACCACUGAUGGACAAUACAAAGAACUGGAUCCGGAGACGUUUACCCUAAUCGAGCCAGGAGGUCCAGCCGGAUCAAUCUGCUUAACCCCUAAAGCGAUGAUCGUAUGGAUGCAGUUCUUACUAGAUCGGGGCCGCUACAAAUCCAAACAAAUCGUUUCCAGAGCAUCUAUAGAGAACACAUGGAAGACUCGAAUUCCCUUGUUUGACAAACGCGCAGAUGCCACAGAGCCUCGAGUGCAGAACUUGGGCAACAAGACCUUCACAUUGCUUGACUACUCCCAGGAAAUUAUGUACAAUCCCGGGUACGCUUUAGGAUGGAUGGAAACUCGGCACAGAGGUUACCGGCACAUGGAGCAUUCGGGAGCGGUAACAAGUUACAGUACCCUGCUUACCAUGUAUCCCGAUGCAAACGUCAGUAUAAUUACUGUUUUUGCUGCUAUGACGCCUUCUUCCGAGACUAUAAUGCGCUUGCUCCAUUUUAAAAUAUUUGACCUUGUUAUGGAACUUGCUCCUGUCGAUGCUUCGAAUGCAACAUGCGGGAACGCGCCAAGUACGUCUGGACGUGAUGACGCAACCGACACCAGUGAGGGUCAAAAGACGUCCAUUGAUCCAAAGUAUUAUGUGGGAACCUUUCGAAAUCCUGUUCAUGGAAGUCUUACAAUUUCUCGAAAUGGCGCUUCCGGAUUGUUUAUGCUAAUGGGACGAUAUGGCAAUGCGACGAUUGUAUGUCUGAAAUCGGGCGCAGAAUGUGAACUUCAUAUGAAUGGAAUCUUGUGGUAUGUAUAUGACUCUGGCCCGGAUGAAACAGAAAAUACGGGUUCGCCUUCGUCGAUCCCGGUAUCCUUUAAUUUCACGCGAACCGGCUACGUUAGCCAUGUGACAAUGCCUAUGUAUUCCAUGAACUUUCCACCAGUGUUCACUAAAGCUUAAUUAAAAAAGUAAACAGCCUUCCAGUCCCGUCAUUUGAAG